AUGUGCAAAUUGCGAGAUAUAAAAGCCAAUUUGAUCAAACAAACUCCGGAAAGCACUUCAUGGCAUGAGUUGAGCAGUAUUCUCAGUGAGAUUGUUGACUUGACUCACACAGAUGCUGAUGAUAGCCUCAUCACAUUACUUAAUGACACUAUGUCUGUCUGUCUCCAGAGAAUGAUUCAAUUCUAUAAAAGGGGACAGCUGGACUUGGUAGCUUUAGCAGAAAAUGUUUCAACAGCAAUAUUCCUAUGGUGCUUUCGAAAUGGCAAACUGGUCAAUCUGGCUCUUGCAAACCUGUUCCUGCUCCUUUUAAACAGAUUGUUGAGCUUGAUGAAAGUUACCGGCAAUUAUAAAGAAAUGGAGUAUUGGACGGAAAUUGUUGCGAAUGAGGUAAAUCUUUCAAAAUCGGGCUACAUUUGUAUGGAUCUCUUGCUUCGAAACUUACCGGAUCAAAUGUACUUGUUUAAGUAUCAGAAGAAAUGGCUUGAUGCAACCUUGAGUCAUUUGAUCAAUGACAACGUUGGUACGACUGCUCACGCGAUUUGUCGACCUUUACUCACAGCAUAUAGACUUGCAGCAGGGGUCUUGGACGAUCCGCAAGAUUGGUGGAAUUUAUGGGGUCCAGCAUUGGUUCAAGGUUUAUUGUCUAAUUCAAAAUCACUACCCACCAACUUGUUAGGCGGGUUACUUUCUAUAAGACACGAAAAUUAUUGUUUUGCGAGAUUAAAGGAAGAAGUAAGUCAUGAUCGUUAUGCUCUUCUCGUGGUACUACGUGUCAGCCAAGAAACCAAAAUUGUUACUCGGCUGUACGAAGAAAUUGAUCGUGACAUUCUCAAUGAAAUGCUCAUCCAUAGUGAUCUGAGAAUUCGUCUUGGGGCUCUCUCACUUAUUUUGGGCGUGGUUAAGGGCGCCAAAGUAACCACGGUAGAGGAUGCGGUGUAUGAUCUAUUACUGGACGCUCACGUAAUUGCUGUGUUUUCUGAUGAAUACGAGGAUGUCGAUGCACGGUUGCAAUUUCUUUCAAUAUUUCUGCAAUUUUUGGGCACACGUCAUCUUGAAACCUUAAAACUUGAGCAUAAUAGAAAGUGCCAUGAAUGGAUGAGUGAGCUCGUACAAUGGGUUAAAUUCUCGUUGAUGCCUAGCUCCAGCUACUCUCAAUUGACGAUGGGUAUAUCUGUAUUGCGUGCGAUUUUCUCUCGCAUGAAUUAUGUGGAUAAGAUUUUUGAGGAUAAGUCAAUCUUCGUGUUAUUGAUUCAAACUUUGUACAAUGAUUAUGAGAACGUGAGAGAGGAUUGUAAGGGAAUGCUUUUGAGUUUACCCAAGAGUACUAUUUCAAACUUGAUGACGAACGAUUUGGAGCUGGAGCUUAUUGACCAACUGAUGCAAACAUUACUGUCCUUGGAAGGCAGGAAAAGUGAGAGUGUUGUCAAUUUUAUUGACUUCAUGAGUCAAUUUCAUCAGAGCGCCGAAUGGAAUCAAACGAUCAUGUCUAGAGUAAUCAAAGACAUCGAAAGUACACGUUUCAUUCAUGGUCACUUCAUGGUACUUUCUGCUCUAGUUUCUGCGCUGGUUGAGGUUGGUCCGCUUAUGCUUUUGGUUCACAAUGCAUGGGAUGCACAUGGGUCAGAGAUUUGCAAAAAUGUCGAUGAGCAUGGAGAGUCUAUUAACAUUAAUGACGUCACUUACAAUCAUUCCUGGAAAGUUACGAAGUCCGCAAAUGGUCUUCUUGACAAAUUGAUUCCAUUUAUGACAGACGAAGAAUUGUUGACUGCAGCUGAAUUCAUCGAGCGGCAGAUCGGAAAUAUCAAGCAUCGCGGUGUUUUCACAUCGAUAUAUCCACUGUAUGUACGAGCCAUGCUGCAAUGUUUGAAGCGUGGGAGUUUGAAAGAUUAUCCCUUACAGCGUUUACAGGCUUUGCUAAUUAUGGAUUGUCAACAAGGAAUUCUGCGGAGGCUGGGUGGGGUUCCAUACCUUAUAUCUGGUAUCUUGCAAGCCGGAAACCAAAAAGAAUGGUUUGACCUUGUUUUUGAGCUGCUUUUUGCAAUCGCUGAACAACCCUUAGCUCAUAUUGCUGAUGCCAAAUUCGACAAGCCCCAGGUUCACGCGUUUAAUACAAUAAAACAUUUGUUCAGCGACGCCUCCAUUGCUGGCUUUGUUAUACCUUUCGCCGCUGAUGCCCUUGAGUUGCUGCUAAAAAAUUUUUGUCAUGCCAAUUGGUCUAUCAAAAACUGUGCUGUUAUGCUAUUUGGAGUUGUACAUCUGAGGAUUAUGGGUAAUAAGAGGUGGGACUUUGAUGCAUUCUUCAAAAAAUUUCCUAAGUUGAAGAGUGUUUUGCUCGGUUUUCUUGAUCUGGAAGCAGAAACUGUACUGCAAAGAGUGCUUCCAAUUUUAAUUAUAUUGAGGGGUUUAGAGGCGACACUGGAUGAUCCGCAGUUGGAUAACUUUAAGUUUCACAUCACCAAACUUUUGGGCACAAAGCAAUGGAAAGUUCGUGAGUUAGCGGCUUCGACCGUGAUUCACGCGUUUGCGCCUUCAGAAAUCGUUGCUCUAAUACGCUCUUUGUGGGAUGUGGAUCUUCAAACUAAUUUCAAUCUAGUUAACGGGCUCUUGCUUAUUAUGGAACAAGCGCCGAUUAAUUACACUCCGUUUGCUGCAGAUUACGCUCAUGAUCACUUACAUCAAAUGUUCCAUGUACAACCAUGGGUUAAUCGAUAUUUGUUACUUAAAUGUAUUGCUGAUCGUAAAGUUGAACUUUCCGAAAAUGACUUGGCCUUUUUGGGUGGCAGUCUUUGCCACUAUUCCAGCGUGAACGUAUCAAUCGGGGUUCAAGUUCUUACUUUAUCCAUCAUGACGCGAAUUUUACUUAUGGCCUACCAGCGAGCUGAACAGCGAGAACUGAUUGUGGAUAUUGUAAAGUUGGCUUUAACUAUGCAUUUUGAGAUCAAACUUGAGGCUUUAAACUUUCUUCAGGAGAAUCCUCACUAUCCCGAACUCGCUGAUUGCGUUGGUCAAGUUGCAUUCGCAGAUGAUUGGUGUUACACCACGGAGAUUGCAAAAGAGUCUCUAGCGAAGUUGUUGAGUCGGGGAGCGCAACUAGCUUUGACUCACAAUAUUGAAAAUAGCCGAGGGCACUUAUACAGUUGGGCACUGGUGGUGGAUUAUGCUGAUUUCGAUACGUUUCUUGACUCUUGCGAAACUUCGAGAGACACUGAUGCCCUCUCUGUUUUCGUUCAAAGAGAUUUUGGAUACGAUACUACCCAUUUAAUCAGAGGUUUAAUUCUUUUAACUAUCAAUGGCUUGUUAAACGAGGAUAGAUAUAUUCGAGUGUCUUCUGCAGCAGUGAUAGCGAAAGUCUUAAAAAUUAAUCAUGGCGAAGUUUCUCCAACUUGGUUGUUGUUUGAGCUACCUAAUUUCAUGCGUCAUCAAUUUGGGGAGAACGAGGUAUCCCCAAUCGCUAUGGAGUAUUUGGGGAAGAUUUGCAAAUUUGAAACUCCUGCAGAACCUCAUAUCCUCUUUGGUGUGGAAAGAUCGAACCUCUAUCGAAAUGACUUAUUCUUAGUCAAAUUUUUGGGUCGUAUGUUAAUUGAUAAUACAAUUGCACCAUCCAAUAUGAUUGACGAUGUUGACUUGGCUCGAAAAAUGGUUGAAAAACUUGGCUAUGAUGGUUUUGUGGGAUGGCUUCGCUUAGAGUACAAUUUUGUGCCCAUAUUCCGCCUUUUGGUUGCCGCUUAUUACACUGAUUUAAACGUGUCGUUGUUGAAGCAAGCUAUGAGAGAUUCGAGAUGUGCCCUAAGCACACUGCAUAUAAUUUGA